AGUUACAACACUUACUGAUGGAGUCUCUCCAAACUUGGCUAGCCAGUCGACACAAAUACUUUAGUUGAGCACGUUUGACUACAGUAUUUACCAAUUAGUGUAGGCCUAUGACUGCCGGCAGACAAAGUGCCCCGGCGCGCAGGAUUUGAUCUCCAUACUUAGUGUUGUCGCGCAACAAUAGUCCAAUUUUAGUGGAACAACCGUAAAAAAAGGAUUUUAAGGGACAUAUGGUUUUGCGGGUACUUUCUAUGAAACAAAGGCAAAAGUUCCAGUAGAAUGUAUUCCCUCUCCUUGUUCCCUGGAGAGAUGUACUUCUGAUCAUGGACUAAGACUGAGUGGAUGAUUUUACUCUAUACAUCAAAACACAUGGUUUGGUUUGUCGAUUUGCAUACAGAGAUCCUUGUGGAUUAAUUUUAGGACAAUGGACAAUUUUUUUACCGAGGGCACCCGUGUGUGGUUAAGGGAGGAGGAACAGCACCUGCCCAGCACGGUGUCUUCCUGCUCCGGAGGGGUGGUGGCUUUUGCCACAGACUAUGGACAGGUGUACACCUACAAGCAGAAUGCCCUCACCUGGCAGAAGGUGCAGCCUAUGCACCCCAGCAGUGUUAAGGGAGUGGAGGACAUGGCCAGCCUGGAAGACCUUCACGAUGGGGCCAUCAUGCACAACCUGUACCUUCGCUACCAGCAGAGGAACAUCUAUACUUACAUUGGCUCCAUCCUGGCGGCGGUGAACCCAUACCAGCCCAUGCCUGACCUGUACGACCGGGCGGCGGUAGAUAGGUACAGCCGGCACCACCUGGGGGAGAUUGCCCCACACAUCUACGCCGUGGCCAACGAGUGUUACCGCUCCCUAUGGAAGAGGCUGCAGAACCAGUGUGUGCUGAUCAGCGGAGAGAGUGGAGCAGGAAAGACAGAGAGCACCAAGCUGAUCCUGGGGUUCCUGUCAGCUAUGAGUCAGCACUCUCUGGAGCUCUCCUCCAGAGACAGGAUGUCCCACGUGGAGGAGGACCUCCUGGAGAGCAGCCCAAUCAUGGAAUCCUUUGGCAACGCCAAGACCGUCUACAACAACAAUUCCAGCCGUUUUGGGAAGUUUGUGCAACUGCACUUUUGUCAAAAGGGCAACAUUCAAGGCGGUAAAAUUGUGGACUAUCUAUUAGAGAAGAAUCGAGUUGUAAGGCAGAAUCCAGGGGAGAGGAACUAUCACAUCUUCUACGCACUGCUGGCUGGAACCAACGCAGAGCAGAGGGAGGCCUUCAGUUUGUCCGCGCCAGAGAACUAUUACUACUUAAAACAGUCAGGCUGCACAGCAGACAAGACAAUCAACGACAAACACACUUUCCACGAUGUUCUGAAUGCAAUGCGGACCAUGCAGUUCACUGAGGAGAAUAUCCGGGAGAUCCUUCGGCUUCUGGCGGGAAUUCUCCAUACAGGAAAUAUUGAGUUUAUGACUGCCGGAGGUGCUCAAGUUUCUUCCAAAACCGCCCUGGGUAGGACAGCGGACCUCCUGGGCCUGAACUCAGAACAGCUGGCAGAGGUGCUGACCCACAGGUCCAUGAUCCUCCGUGGCGAGGAGAUCUGCACGCCGCUCACUGUGGAACAGGCGGUGGAUUCCAGAGACUCCAUGGCAAUGGCACUUUAUUCCCAGUGUUUCACCUGGAUCAUCAGAAAACUCAACAACCGCAUCCGGGGAAAAGAAGACUUCAAAUCCAUUGGCAUCCUAGACAUAUUCGGAUUUGAGAAUUUCGAGGUCAACCGCUUUGAGCAGUUCAACAUCAACUAUGCAAAUGAGAAACUUCAGGAAUACUUCAACAAGCACAUCUUCUCAUUGGAGCAACUUGAAUACAAUAAAGAAGGGCUUGUAUGGGAAGACAUCAACUGGAUGGACAACGGUGAAUGUUUGGAUCUCAUUGAGAAGAAACUGGGUCUUCUUGCACUAAUGAAUGAGGAGAGUCAUUUCCCAAAAGCUACUGAUGGCACUCUACUGGAAAAACUCCACAGUCAACACUCAAAAAACCCCUUCUAUGUGAAACCACGCGUUGCUGUGCACUAUUUUGGUGUGAGACACUACGCAGGCGAGGUGGUGUAUGAUGCAAGGGGAAUUCUGGAGAAGAACAGAGACACUUUUAGAGAUGAUAUCCUCAACCUUCUGAGAGAAAGCAGUUUGGACUUUGUGUACGACCUCUUCGAGCACGUUUCCAGUCGUAACAAGCAGGACACUCUCAAAUGCAGCUCCAAGCACAGGAGACCCACCGUCAGCUCCCAGUUUAAGAAUUCCUUGCACUCACUGAUGGCAACACUCAGCACUUCAAACCCAUUCUUUGUACGAUGCAUCAAGCCAAACACUCACAAGAUGCCUGAGCAGUUUGACCAGACAGUGGUGCUCAACCAGCUCAGAUACUCAGGGAUGCUGGAGACGGUGAAGAUACGCCGAACAGGCUUCCCCGUCAGGAGAGUUUUCCAAGACUUCUGUUCCAGGUACAGAGUGUUAAUGCGGAGGGUGUCAGCUCCAGAAGACCCCAGGGGGCAGUGCGUCCAGCUACUCCACCUCUACGACAGCAGCGGGGCAGAGUGGCAGCUGGGGAAGACCAAGGUGUUUCUGCGGGAGUCGCUGGAGCACAGGUUGGAGAAACAGAGGGAGACGGAGGUGCUUAAAGCAGCAAUGAUCAUCCAGGCUUAUGUCAUGGGCUACAUGGCCAGGAAGCAGUACAGGAAGUUGCUCCAGUGCAUUGUGGUCAUUCAGAAGAACUACAGGGCGUUUUAUUGGCGGAGAAAGUUCUUACUCCUGCGCUGGGCAGCUCUGACCUUCCAGAAAUGGCUAAGGGGCAAGUUGGCACGCAAGGUCUACAGCCAACUCCUGGAUGAGAGGAGGAUCAGAGAGGAGGCAGACAGGAGGAGGAGAAUGGAGGAGCUGGAGAGGGAGAAGCAGAGGCUGGAGGCCGAACGGUUUGCGCUAGAGGCCGAGGAAGCCAGGAAGAUUGAAGACCUGCGUCAGGCCCAGGCGCUGUACCUUCAAGCUCUGGCCCAGACUCAAGCCCCAUUGCCGACCGCCCAGGCCCUGCAGCAGCAGCCAGGCCAGUCGGAGACGUGCCGGACCUUGGAUGAGAUCUCCGCUGCGACGCGGCCCCAGGAACCCUCCCUAGACGCCACACAGGUGGAGGAGAUACUGCGUCUGGAGCGAGAGAUCCAGGAACUUCAGCGCCAGAAGGAGCAGCAGGAGCUGUCCCUGACCGAGGCCUCCCUCCUCCGGCUGCAGACCCUCCGUGACCAGGAGCUGCGGCGCCUGGAGGACGAGGCGUGCAAGGCCGCCCAGCAGUUCCUGGAGUCGCUCAACUUCGACGAGAUCGACGAGUGCGUGCGCAACAUCGAGUGCUCGCUGGGCGCAGAGGAGGAGAAGACGGGCGGAGGGAGGGACGAGGGCGAAGAGGAGGUGGACGAGGGGUUCGGCGCCGACGACGAGGCCUACAAGGACUCCCCGAACCCCAGUGAGCACGGCCACUCCGACGGCCAGCGCACCAGCGGAAUCCGCACCAGCGACGACUCGUCCGAGGAGGACCCGUACGCCAACGACGGACUGCGGAUCCCCCCGAUGGCGCCGAUGGCGCUGCUCACCCAGCCCCUGCCGUCGCCUCCGGUGCCCCAAGCCUGCCGCAGUGCCUCCUCGAGCGGGGGCUCGGUCUACUGCCACCCCCAGGCUUUUGAGAGCCUUUCGGACGACCAGGUCGAGCUCAUCCCUCCGGAUGAGGACUCGGACUAUGACCGCGACGACUACGACGAGGGGGCCAUAGUGUCCAGCGGCAGCGUGGCGUUCUCCAACCCUCGCAGUGGGCAGUGGUCACCGGACUACCGCUGCUCCAUUGGGACCUACAACAGCUCGGGAGCCUAUCGCUUCAGCUCAGAUGGGGCCCAAUCAUCGUUCGAGGACAGCGAGGACGACUUUGACAGGUUUGACACAGAUGACGAGUUGUCCUACCGACGAGACUCUGUUUACAGCUGCGUCACCCUGCCAUACUUCCACAGCUUCCUCCACAUCAAAGGGGGCUUGAUGAACACGUGGAAGCGGCGCUGGUGCGUGCUGAAGGACGAGACGUUCCUCUGGUUCCGUGCCAAGCAGGAGGCCCUUAAACAGGGCUGGCUCCAUAAGAAGGGCGGCGGCUCCUCCACGCUUUCGCGUCGCAACUGGAAGCGCCGCUGGUUCGUCCUGCGCCAGAGCAAGCUCAUGUACUUCGAGCACGACGGCGAGGACAAGAUGAAGGGCGUGCUGGACAUGCACGCGGCCAGGGAGAUUGUGGACAACACUGGCAAGGAGAAUGGAAUUGACAUCAUCAUGGCAGAGCGCACCUACCAUCUCAUUGCUGAGACCGCUGAGGAUGCCAGUCAGUGGUUCAGCGUGCUCAGCCAGGUGCACACCUCCACCGAGCAGGAGAUCAGGGAGAUGCAUGACGAACAAGCCAAUCCCCAGAAUGCAGUGGGAACCCUUGAUGUUGGCAUGAUUGAUUCAGUAUGUGCCUCAGACAACCCUGAAAGGCCCAAUUCGUUUGUCAUGAUCACAGCUAACAGGGUUUUACACUGCAAUGCCGACACCCCUGAAGAGAUGCACCAUUGGAUAACGUUGCUUCAACGUUCCAAAGGAGACACCCGGGUGGAAGGACAGGAGUUCAUCAUCAGAGGGUGGCUCCACAAAGAGAUGAAAAAUAGCACCAGAGCCUCUCUGAAGCUCAAGAAGCGUUGGUUCCUGCUUACCCACAACUCUCUGGACUACUACAAAAGCUCAGAGCGCAACGCCCUCAAGCUGGGUACCCUGGUGCUCAACAGCCUGUGCUCUGUGGUGCAGCCCGACGAGAAGGUCUUCAAAGAGACCGGUUACUGGAAUGUCACGGUGUACGGUCGGAAGCACUCGUACCGUCUGUACACCAAGCUGCUGAACGAGGCCACGCGAUGGGCCAGCGCCGUGCAGAACGUCAUCGACACCAAGGCCCCCAUCGACACACCCACCCAGCAGCUCAUCCACGACAUCAAGGAGAACUGUCUGAACUCUGAGGUGGUGGAGCAGAUCUACAAGAGGAACCCCAUCCUGCGCUACAGUCACCACCCGCUCCACUCCCCACUGCUGCCCCUGCCCUACGGAGACAUCCACAUCAGCUCCCUGAGGGGUAAGGGCUACACGACGCUCCAGGACGAGGCGCUCAAAGUGUUCAACUCGCUGCAGCACCUGGAGGGCAUCGCAGACCCCGUGCCCAUCAUCCAGGGCACCCUGCAGACGGGCCAGGAGCUGAGGGCCCUGAGGGACGAGCUCUACUGCCAGCUGGUCAAACAGACCACCAGGCCCCCGCAGCCCGGCAGCCCCGGUAACCUGUGUAGCUGGAGGAUCCUGGCCUGCAUGUGUUGCACAUUCCUGCCGUCGCGGAGCGUCCUGAACUACCUCAAGUUCCACUUCAAGAGGACCCGAGAGCUCUUCCCCGGCACGGAGAUGGAGCGCUACGCCUCGUUCAGCCUGGACUCCCUGAGGAAGACACGCGGCCGGGAGUAUGUGCCGUCUCAGGAGGAGAUCCGGGCCGUGGUGGCGCGUCAGGACAUGACCACCACCGUGCACUGCCAUGGUGGAGGCUCAUGCAAGAUCACCAUCAACUCUCACACCACGGCCGGAGAGGUGGUGGAGAAGCUGAUACGAGGCUUGGCGAUGGAGGACAGCAGGAACAUGUUCGCCCUGUUUGAACACAACGACACCACUGACAAAGCCAUCGAGAGCCGCACAGUGGUCGCUGACAUUCUUGCCAAGUUUGAAAAGCUCUCUGCAAGUCCAGAUGAGACAAACACAGGUUGGAAAUUCUAUUUCAAGCUCUACUGCUUCUUGGACACAGAUAACGUACCCAAGGACAGUGUGGAGUUUGCCUUCAUGUUUGAGCAGGUAGGAACCAGUGGAAUAAGGUUCAGUACCCCUGCCCCAGAGGAGACCCUUCAGUUCCUAGCCGCUCUGAGACUACAAUACCUCCUUGGGGACUACAACCCCCAAGUAACCGUGCCAGAAAUGUCAGCAGUGUUCCCUAUGGGUCGGUUGCGUGCCCGAAUCCAAAAUUCCACCAAGACUUUUGCCCCAGCCACACAACGGGGGCAUGGGUCAGUGGCGGACCGUUCCGGCGGAACCUCGGAGAAGAAGCGCUCCAGCUUCCUGGAGGGAAUGAGGCGGGAGUUUCAGGAGCGCUCGAUGAGCCGACAGAAGCUGGAGGAGGAGAACACUCUGGAGGCCUGGGUGAGGGAGGAAAUAGCAGCGGUGCGAGCCAGCCCUGAAAAGUGGAAGAAGCUCCAGGGGAUGAACCAGGAGCAGGCCAAUGAGUACAUGGCUUUGGUCAAAGAGUGGCCAGGCUACGGAUCCACGCUCUUCAACGUGGAGUCCCGUGACGGGGCCUUCCCGCUGGAGCUGUGGCUGGGGGUGAGCAGGGAGGCCAUCUCCUUGUAUAAGCGCGGUGAGCCCUGGCCCCUGGAGGUCUUCCCGUACGAGCUCAUCCUGUCGUUCGGGGCCCCGCUGCCAAACACCUACAAGAUCGCCGUGGAAGGCCGGGAGCUGCUCUUCGAGACCGGUCUGGUGAUGGACAUUGCCAAGCUGAUGAAGGCGUACAUCAGUAUGAUUGUAAAGAAACGCUACAGCAACUCUCAAUCGGUCAGCAGCCACGGCAGCCAAUGCAGCGCCUGGUAAAAAGCUGUCAGUGACCUUUGGCCUUUCACCUCUCCGCAGACACCAGGGGAAUUGGACCCCAAGCCACACAAGCUAGUCGGGCCAGGCUGACUUUCUCAUGCCUCUGGUGGCCAGCAAGCUUUGUCUUUCUUAUGCUGAGAUGCUGUUAUGCUUACAGUACAAGGGCUCUUGUUACAGGACCAGACUAUCCAUUAAGGGUUACUGUGGCGGUUCCUAUGGUCCAAUUCGUUUGAAGAGUCGGGGCAUAGACAAUGAGAAUGUAAAAGGACUUCAGUAGAAGUUAUCCCUGAUCACAGAUUCCGGAUCAGAUCACGGAAGCCUUUAGUCCCUAACUUUAAACAGUUGGGGAAACUUCUACUGACUGUUCAGUGUCAUGUUUAUUAACUUCUGGUGGAUCUCAGUUGGACAGCCACUCCUUUCGAUUCUUAAUCAUCACUGGUAUUAUUGAGAAAUGUAAAUAUUCAACUCAGUACUCAAACUAUUUUCAAGUAACGGUUCUGAAACAUGGUUAUUGAUGGAAAGGGAAACAUGUCAGUGGUGUUAAGUGUGAGGGGGGAAAAAAACAUUGCCUGAAAUAAACCUUUAAUUGACAGCUUGGUCCAAAAUAAUCACGUCUACUUUAAUAUUACCGGAUGAAAAACACAUAGCAGUACAAACUCAAAGAUCUCCACCUUGGGCCAUGCUUGUCUGAAUACUAUAGCUUCUGGAAGAUACUUAAAUACACCCUCUACCAGCAACAUAAUGUUCUCGUCAGGUUGCUUGGAUAUUAAAAUGUCACCGCACAACAUUUCACUAGAACUCCGCGGGCGGAGGCUCCAUCCAAAGAUAUGCAGAAUCCUUGCUCAGUGCCUUGUAUAUUAUGUACACGUGUUUCCUUUUCCAUACAUGUCGUUUCUUAUAUGAUCAUGUGCAAUGUUAUAUAAAUAUAUAUUAUAAUCAUACAGUUGUAUAUUUGAUAAAUCUUUGCCUUUUUUUUGGACAGAAUUAUGACCACAACAGAAAGCAAUAUUCACAAGAGAUACCUUGUUAUCUUUCUCCCCGUGUCGAUUUCAAUGGCUUACCGUUCAAGUAUAACAGCUGUAUACAAUAUCGGUCUCGAUGUAUCCUGUUUUUUCAUAUGUAUUAGCUGUGUUAUGUAUCAAAAAGGAUGUUUCUAUCAAUAAAUGUCUGCUUAUUUA